AUGCCUCCAACGCCGAGGACCACGAGCCUAGCCGCCGAAACCACACGACCUUACCGGUCGCAAAAACGGCAUCGGCCAUGCGACCGUUGCCGAGAGAUGAAGCUGAAAUGCCAGACAGAGGGCGAGCCACCGUGUCGAAGGUGUCAACAAAGUGAUGUCGAAUGCACAUACGUUGGAAGACCCCAUAAGCGAUCACUGGCUCAGAAGCACAGCGCGAGACAGAACUCAUCGCCAAGACAACUGGAUCGCGCUUCUUCCUCUGUACGAGAUGUGACUGAUGCGGUGGACGACCUGCCGAGUGCUGCAAUUGCAGUCGGUGAGGCUGCUGCUUCUGCUCAGAACCAGCCUUUCAUCGCGUUCAGUCAGACCGCUGAUGUUUCCCCUUCCGCUGGUGGACAGCCUGACCGGCCUACGACUCAGAUCUCUCAGAGUCUUGAUAAUAUGGACGGUCAUAGUGCUAUGCUCCUCGGAAGCUCUUCAGGGUCAGAUCCCUGGCUGCUUCGUCACUUUCGGUUCGAUGAACUGGGCUUGCGGAGCUUCCACAAGUUGCAUGUCCGAAAUGCUGGUGGCGUGCCGACGGCGGACAAGAUUCCGGUGCAUUUUCUGCUCAGUACAGACGCUCUAUACCAAAGUUCAAACGCCGGAUUAAAGGCCAUAGAGUUGCGGAGGCGACUAGACUGUUUGGUGCCGCAGUCCGCAGGGGCUCGGCUUGUUCGUCUAUUUCACAAGUAUGUCUUCAAGAUGCUUCCCAUAGUUUCUCGGACGACAAUGGGUUUGGCAUCGCAGGAUGCCCUCCCUCAGGCAGACAUCCUAACAGAAACACCGACGCAUCUUUUGGCCGCUUUAUAUGGCUCGGCUAUCCCGUUCGCCCACCAAGACGAUCAUUUGGUAGCCCUUUUGACUUGUGACCACAUCAACCUGGACGAAGUCUGGGAGAUUUGUUAUGCAAGCAUGCAAGAGGAAAUUUGCAAGCCCCAUCUGCAUGUUCUUCAAGCUGCAAUCUUGUAUCUUCAUCGGAACCAUGAGAGUCCGCGGCAGUCUGCUGUAACGGAUACGGCGUCUAUUUGGCCAUUCAUGGGAACAGUUGUGGGACUAGCACAUAAUCUAGGCCUACAUUUGGAGUGUCGUAUGAUGGGUUUUCCUGCUCAGGAGAAGAGACUCCGCCGAAGAUUGUGGUGGGCAGUCUUUAUACAAGACAAAUUCCUCUCUCUCCAUACAGGACGGCCUCCUUACAUUCGGAACGAUGAAUGGGAUGUCGGCGAGCUCGUCAACUUCGACUUUUUACCAUGGAACGAGAUGGAUACUUCGAAGGCGUCUGCAUUUCGGGACCUGGCCAGACUAUCACUGAUCGCAGAGAAACUACAGACGGACUUAUACUCUUUGAAGUCCUGCCAGAAAUUGGCGGAGAACCUGCCAGAUUCUAUUCAAGCUGCGCGGCCGAUCUUCGAUGCCUUACAUCAAUGGCGGGCCUCCGUCUCGAUACCAGAGACAUUUCCUGAGUCAAGAAUCUCACUGGACGACAAUCAGGAUUCGUACCCUGCUUGCAUCUCACUCGCAUACCUUUCCUUGGUAGCGUAUACGUGGCGAGCCCUCCUUCGUCCCACAGUCCGAUCUGCCCCUCCGCCGCAGAUCAUCGAUGUCGACGCCGAGCCCCAGACCUUUCCAGAUACGGGGUUUCUGUUUGAGGACCUGAGCUGGAAUUUCUCCGACUUUCCAGAGUUGGAGUUGCAACUAGAGGACGGCGCUCCAGACUCGAGUGCAACGAUCAAGGAGCUUCACCAAGCGGCGCAGACCUGGGCGGAAACGAUGGUUAAGUUUACUCUCUAUCUUACUUCAAGCGACUUCAGCCUCUUUUGGUACUCGUGGUCCAAAUUCAGUUUAGUAGUGGCCUCCAAUUUCUUCAUGUUGUUACUUGUUCAGGCCCCCAGUGCUGAAACUGGCGUGCGAGCCAGAGAAUUACUUCAGAGAUGGCGUCAGGUUGUCAGAGAUCAUGCCAAGGUCUCUCCACUGUUCCUCUUAACUGCAACAGAGUUGGGCCAGGUCUAUCAAACAGGCAUUUCUGAAACGUUUUGUCUGCCAUCUCAUGUACAAAGCAUUUUGUGA